GAGUAAAUGAUGACAGAAUUUUCUUUUUUGGGUGGAGAAUCCCCUUAAAUGAAGCAAGCACAUGCACCUGCUUUCUGAUUAACAUUGACCUUAAUAUUACAAAAGCCCUUGACAAAUACUGUAUUUUAAUUCAUUGCUGGUCUGAAUUAAAUUAAAAUUUUCUUUGUUUAACAGUGAAGCAUCUUGUCCUUCUGCUGUUCUUCUUCUGCCCUCGUCCGGCUACACCGGCUUCCUGUGUUUGUUAUUAGGAAGAAGGGGGCAUCGGCCUAAAAACCCACCCACUGGACAGUGAACCCACAACAAAGACAGCGUGAGGCAUUCCACACUUACAGAGAGUGAGAAGAAAAUAAAACAAGUGAAAGAGAUGACAGAAAGGAAACGGUGUUCGUGAGACAGAGGGUUUUUAAAGACAAAAAACCAUUGUUUAGUAAGUUUGACUGGCCUCAUAAGAUGAAGUGGACACAAGAGGUGAUAAACAUGGGGAAGAUGUGUAGAAAGGAAAAGAGAGUGUUAUGAUGGUGUGGCAUUGGUAUAGCACUUUGCAGUAGUAUACCUUGCCUUUAUGUUCAGGGCUGGGCAGAAUAUCUCAGUAUCUCAUCCACUAGCCCAUUGAUAUGAGCAGAUAAGUGAUGCUAGAACAAAUAUGUCAUAUGCAACAUGAAAGGACUGGAUUGGGAACAUGUACCAGUUUUCUGUUCUCAUGCCUCCAGCUGCUGUUCCAUGUGAGCUAGCCAUGGCAACAGGAUUAACCAAAUGAAUAACGGCACAGGUUGCCAAUGCUAAAUAGGAAACAGACCUUUCUGAGGAUUUAUAUGGUUUAGAUUUUCAUAAAUCAUGAGGUUGAAAAUGAUAUUCAACUGGUACUGUUAAAAAAAGUCAUUCAAAACAUUCACCACAAAAUAUACAGUAUAGUUACCAUUUCGAAUUAACAAUUUAAACUCUCUUAAAAUAUGAGCAUGUUUCUACGACGAUUUUACAGUGGCAGACAUUAUGGUUUCUCUGAAAAUUUCUCACGUAGGCCUAAAUGUUGAAAAAAGUUGAACUUUGAUCAUCAGUUUUUUAUAUGAUAUUAAACACAUGGUUUGCUCGAUUACACUUGACAGUAUCAAAAAUGCGGACGAAGUCAUAUGAAUAUUUUCCGAGUGCUGGUGGACAUUACUCGGUGUCCAUUUUUAUGAGGGUGGUUGUCUUAAAUUCGGGGCACUCAACCACCCCAUCCCGCAUGUGUUCGCCCACUUCCUCUGUGUUUAUUACCACUGCAACUCUCCGACUUCCUGACAGACACAGACUUGAUGAUGAGAGGAGAGGGAGUUAGUGACAAACUCAGAGACAAACUCACAACAAAGAGAAUAUAUGUCUGAAAGUGCGAAAUUCAGAGACAAAAUAUUAAGCACUAGAGUAUCAGGCGCAAGAGCGCAGCGUGGAAAUAAUACAGCUCAGUUAAAGGGUCAUUGAGUGUAAGUCUCAUCAUCUGCAGUCAUGUUCUCCAGUCUCUCUCUUCUGCUGCUGUUGCAUAUCUGCAGCCUGACGGUUUCCUCACUGGCCCUGCCCUUUGAGCAGAGAGGAUUCUGGGACUUUGCCAUGGAUGGCAAUGGGGGAGAUCUGACGUCGGUAAUGAUGAGAGAUGAAGAAGGUUCAGGGAUGGAGGAAGAGCUGCCACCAGACGUGCCCUUAUGUCCUUUUGGAUGUCACUGCCAGCUUCAUGUGGUCCAAUGCUCAGACCUUAGUUUGACUGUGGUCCCCAAGGAAAUUCCCAAAGACACCAAACUACUGGACUUACAGAAUAACCGCAUCACAGAACUGAAGGAAAAUGACUUCAAGGGACUUGCGAACCUUUAUGCCCUGUCGCUGGUCAACAACAAGAUCUCCAAAGUCCACCCAAAAGCCUUCACACCCCUCCUACACUUAAAAAAGCUUUAUUUUUCGAGAAACCUCCUGACAGUGGUGCCCAGGAACCUGCCCCCAUCCCUGGUAGAGCUGCGCAUUCAUGAGAACCGUAUUAAGACAGUUCCAGAGGGGACGUUCUCUCGUCUGGGCAGCAUGAACUGCAUCGAGAUGGGCGGGAACCCUAUUCAGAACAGCGGCUUUGAGCCCGGUGCUUUUAAAGGCCUGAAACUCAACUACCUGCGCAUCUCUGAGGCCAAACUUACUGGAAUACCUAAAGAUCUUCCUGACAGUCUUCAUGAGCUUCAUCUGGACAGUAACCAAAUCCAAGCCAUCGAACUAGAAGACCUGAAACGCUAUAAACACUUGCACAGGUUGGGUUUGGGUCACAAUCACAUUCGCAUGAUUGAGAAUGGCAGUCUAUCGUACGUACAAAAUCUGAGGGAGCUCCAUUUAGAUAACAAUCGCCUGACCCGUGUCCCGAAGGGUCUGCCGGAGAUGAAGUACCUUCAGGUGGUCUACCUUCAUUCAAACAACAUUAGCCAGGUGGACGUCAAUGACUUCUGUCCUCGAGGUUUUGGCAUAAAGAGAAGCUUUUACAAUGGCAUUAGUCUUUAUGGUAACCCAGUUUACUACUGGGAGGUGCAGCCUGCUACUUUCCGCUGCGUUACUGACCGAUUGGCCAUUCAGUUCGGAAACUACAAGAAAUAAAGGAUGUGGGAGAUAUUUGGGAACGAAUAAUGCUGGAAAUGAAACCAAACAGACAAAAAUGGGCUGAAAUGAGAAGGGUGUGUGGGGGCCAGUUGCAUUUCGAAAUAAUUUCUACAGCGUAUCUUUGGAUGUUUUUGUGAUGUCUAAGGAGAAAAGUAGAAUAUUGGGUCUAAUUGGAUUUUCUAAAACAAAUGGCGAGAAUUGGCAAGGCUCUGGCUCGAUUAAAAACAGAAUAAUGACCGAAUGAAUAAUGACAAUAAUGUUUCGUACAGCAAGCGUUUAAAAGUCUUACCAAUAUUUUAUCAAUUUAAGGGCUCUUUGUUUGAUCUAGUAAUAUUGAUAUGUAUUGUUAUAAUGAUUAUUAUUUUAUAUUUGUUUGUUUUAUUAUUAUUGGUAAAGUUUGGAGGUACUGUUGAAAUGGUACGGUUGAAUCUAGAUUUUAAAUUCACUUUGCUUAAUAAUUGUUCUUCUGUGUUGUCAAGAUUCUUCCUUUUGUGGCUUUGCCUUGCUUUAGGAGCCUUAUUGUUGAAAAACUUUAAAUCAAUGGGGGAAAUGUUUGCAGCACGCUUUAAAGAGACAAGCACAGUAUUCACGUUCAGAUUAAUUCAACCAAAGGCCUCAUGUCCUUUCCAAACACUUUUGGUUUUGAGGCUGAUUAAAAAAAGGACUGUAUUGUAUUAUUAUUUUGCACAGUUUCUUUAUAAAUUCAAAAUCGUAUCAUUUUUUGCUGAAUUUGGCAGUGAUACUGGAUGCAUAUACACUGCCGAAAUUUGCAAUAAAGAAUCUAUCGGCUUGACUACAGGUGGAGGUACAUCAUGCUGUGACUAAUAAAACUUGAGUUAACAUGAGUUUAAUGUGUUCAGUGGAGUAAAACAGUUGCAAUGUUCUCUUUUGUUAAAAAAAGAACAGGUCUCUUAUUUUAUCAAUAAAGCCGAAUAUUGAUUGAUUUGAUGAUGAUCAGCACAAUGUCUUUUUGUGAUUGUUUUUUUUUUCAAUCACAAGACAUUCCCCACUUCAAUUAUUUUAU